GUUGACAGAGGGACUGGAGAUGUAAAGUAGUGUGCUGAGGGAGUCAUCACGGAGCAUCUUCUCUUGAUCUGGCAACCUUCGGCAAACUGCGACAGCACAGCAGCGCCAAUGGCAGCUGAACAUCCGCACAGCACCGCGAGCAGGAUGACAGCAACAAGGUGAGAUGGCCACUGCCGGCUCGGCUCCGUUUGCUCGGAUUUACAUGAAGCGGGGCCGCGGUUGGACGGCGUUGUCGUGUCGCCGCGGCUUCGGCACAGUUUAAGUAGUUCACACAGGAGUGUGUGCAAUCCCAAAGCCCUACCCAAGAGGUGUUAAGAGUCCAGCAAUGAAUGAGAUUCCUUGGUUGCAGCCGAGGUGAGGGCUAAGCAUGGUGCGUGAAUCUGAAGCGACGAGGCAAGCGUGACAGUAUGUUCUGCGUCGCAGCAACUCAAAAUGGAAAAGCACCCAUGCAGGGAGGAGAACAUUGACUCAAGCGGGGCCCAGCAUGCCACCGACAACACUGAAGAUGGCAGCAGCUCGGAAAGCGAUUCUGAAGAGCAGCAGUGCCCAAAGGUUCAGGUGAACAGCAGCUGCAAGAAGUGGGAGCCCCUGGCUGUCACUAAGCCCCAUCGGCAGCUGUGUCGCUCCCCUUGCCUCGAUCAGCCCAGUUUUUCCCAGAGUAGCACAGUACAAGAUGUCCGCGAGGAUUAUAAUAGCGCAGGGCCAGCGAUCAAGGCGGCCAGUGACAAGGAGUACCAGACAAAAAUGGAUUUUGCUUUAAAGCUGGGCUACUCGGGGGAGCAGGUGGAGACUGUGCUCAACAAACUUGGGCCCACUGCACUUAUUAAUGAUAUUCUUGCAGAGCUAGUAAGGCUUGGAAACAAAGUGGAACCUGAAUGUCAACCUUGCAGCAGUGCAGUCACAUCACAAUCAUGUGCACCCUGUGUUAAAGAGACUGCUAGUCCUGAGGUGUCUGCGGAAGAUGAUUCUGUGGAAAUGUAUGAUAAUCUUCGACCUAUUGUCAUUGAUGGCUCAAAUGUGGCAAUGAGCCAUGGAAACAAAGAGGUUUUCUCUUGCCGUGGUAUCCAACUUGCUGUUGAAUGGUUCCUAGAAAAGGGGCACAAAGACAUCACUGUGUUUGUCCCAGCCUGGAGAAAGGAGCAGUCAAGACCUGAUGCCCCUAUUACAGAUCAAGAAAUUUUACGCAAGCUAGAAAAAGAGAAGAUCCUGGUUUUUACCCCAUCUCGAAGGGUCCAAGGCAGAAGAGUGGUCUGCUAUGAUGAUCGCUUCAUAGUGAAGCUGGCUUAUGAUUCUGAUGGAAUUAUCGUGUCAAAUGACAAUUACAGAGACUUGCAGAAUGAAAAACCAGAGUGGAAGAAGUUCAUCGAGGAACGACUCCUUAUGUAUUCAUUCGUCAAUGACAAGAACUACCAGAAAACCUCUCAGUACAAACCCAUACAGUUGAGCUACACAACAAAUUACAGACUCAAAAGAUUCAUGCCACCUGAUGAUCCACUGGGAAGACAUGGUCCAAGCUUAGAAAACUUCCUUCGCAAGCGUCCUGUUGUUCCAGAGCAUAAAAAACAACCUUGCCCAUAUGGCAAAAAGUGCACAUAUGGACACAAGUGUAAAUACUAUCAUCCGGAGCGUGUCAAUCAGCCACUACGGUCAGUCGCCGAUGAACUGCGGGCUUUUGCUAAACUGUCUGCUGUGAAGACAAUGAGCGAGGGGGCCUUAGUUAAAUGCGGCAUUGGUCCGGCAGUUGUGAGCAGAGACAACACAUCUGAAGUCAAACGCGUGGCGCCCAAACGGCAGUCCGACCCAAGUAUCCGCUCAGUGGCCUGUGAGCUUUCAGAAACACUGUCCGUUGUCAGGAAGUCUGAAACAAAUUCAGUGCCUUCCCUUGUGACUGCUCUCAGCGUGCCGACCAUGCAGCCUGUUAAGAGCCACGCAGCUGGGGCUUUGAACACGCGAUCUGCCAGCAGCCCUGUGCCAGGUUCUUUGCAGUUCUCGCACAGUUCACUGGAGCACAUGUCUAGUGUACAGUACCCGCCCAUUUUGGUAACUAACAGCCAUGGCGCUUCUGUUACAUACAGCGAGCAGUUCCCGAAAUAUGACUCCGUCAGCGACCAUGGCUAUUAUUCACUGCAUAGCGAUUUUUCAAACAUGAGCAUGAGCAGUAUGCACAACGUUGACAGUUUCUGUAGCAUAGAGCACGAGCACAGUGUGUGCCAGAGAACUCGCAGCCACUGUCCUGAAUCCUGCCUCAGCCACUCCAACAGCGACUCGUUCUCCUCAUAUGGCGACCUGUAUCCGAGCUCUGUGGACGGUAGCCUGGAGGAGAGCCUGAAGGCGCAGCAGCAGCCCCCUGCCCCAGGGAGAAUGCAGACUUUCUCCCAUGGGUUUCGGCACGAAGCGUUGUCUAGGGUUCAGAGUUAUGGACCAGAGGAGCCCAAGCAGGGUCUACGUAAGCAGCCUGGAGCACACCUAGCACCACACAUCCAGCAUGUUACAGUGGGGGCCAGGUCAAGCUGCCCUGGAGACUACCCCCUCACUCAGAAUGUCCUCCCGCCGUUCUCCUCACAGGCGACGCGAUCCCUCGGCAUGACUCGCAUGGACAGCAUAUCCGAUUCCAGGCUGUACGAUAGCAACCCAAUGAGACAGAGGCGACCGCCACUGUGUCGAGAGCAGCAUGCGAGCUGGGACCCUUUGCCUUUUGGAAACGAGUCUUAUGGAUAUCACUCUUACCCACUGAGCAACAACUUGAUGCCGUGUUGCGAGCGGGUGAUGGUCCGCAGCAUGCCCGACAAAAUGGAGCAAAUCUGGAACUCGCCGUGGGAGCCCCUACCUGCAGCUGAACACCAAGAACGGUAUGUCAUCCCAGACCACCAGUAUCAAACCUAUCGAAACCUUUGUAACAUCUUCCCUGCAUAUGUGGUCCAUUCAGUAAUGGAGAAAAACCCUCAUUUGACAGACCCCCAGCAACUCGCAGCCGUCAUUGUUACAAAUCUGAGGUCUUGUCACUGAGGAAUCUUCCUUUAAAAAUUAUUCAAAUUGAAGGCGAUUAAGGAGAUAGAGUAUUUUGAUUGCAAAAACAGGCACUUGAUAAAUGUUGACAAAAGCGCAACAUUUGCCCUCAGGAGUUGUUUUUUUUUUUUUUUUUAAUUAAAUCAGCUGCAAAUUCUGACAGUCUUACAUUAGUAAGAUGAUAUCAGUAAAACACUUUUUUUUUUUAGUAUAAUUAUAGGAUGGCUACCUUUUUAUAAGAAGUGUGGUGCACUUAUGGGUUGUGUCAUAGCACAUCCAUUAUACUUGAGCAGGAACUAUAUUUCCAUUCAACUUAUUGAUUUGGAGUUAAGGCAAAAUGUGAAAUAUACAGAAAUUCCCUGCAAUGUUGUCUGGAAUGUUUUAGUUCAGCUAACUAGUUGACUAUCUGAAUAUACGCUAUCCCAAACUAAACCACAGCAUCUUUAAAUCAAGAAUGUCAGUUUUUUAAGUAAGCACAAAGGUCCCAUUCAAGUCACGUGGAUGUGCUAUGAAAGGCAUCUUAAAUAUGUCUGAAACUAUCAAUAACUUUCUUCAGCUUUUCCUCCACUGUAAAUAACUCUUGUGACUUUUUUCUGUGCAUUUAUUUCUAAAAGACAAGAGGGAGGUACACGCAUACCUCCAAGCAUGUACUAUGACAUUUAAUGGCCUUAUAUCUGAAUGACCUCACACUUUAGUCGUCUCGGCGGGUUUCAAUGAACGUACAUUAAGUUGAAGCCUCCUACUUUUUAAAUGUAAAGCACUAGCUCAGUAUCUAAAGAUAUCUAUUUUCUCAGUCUCAAUUACAAAGUUACUAUUUUGAUAGAAGUUGACAGUGCACAAAGCAAGCCAAAAAAGAGAUUUGUCUUGUAUACAGGUGCACAUGUUAAUCUAUGUACAUAAAAGCCAUUAUGUCAUUUAUAAGCUGCUAAAUAAUGCCAAAAAAGGUCAUUAUUCUGACGUCACAUUACAUUUAGCUUCAUGUAAUUGGACUUGUUAAUCAUUUUCUAUUUCCAAUGGUAUAGUGUAUAUUUGGUUGUACUGAAUAUUUUUAAGUAAAAAUAGUAUUAUAUAUACAUUAGUAGCUCCUCUGAACUCCUUCAAGUUGUCAGUGGUCUAUUCUUUUUGUAAUAAAGACCACUUUUACAUGCACUUAAAUGGACUGAUUUUAACUUUUGUCAACACCUUGCAGGGGGCUGACUUUUAUUUCUUGUGAGUUUGGGCUUGAAGACUUGAGUAUUUCCAAACCCACUCAGUGCAAAUACAUAAAAGGCUGCAAAGCAGCUUCCUAAUGCAUGUACAAUAAAUUAGAUGAACAUGUGGCACUGAGAUAGCGGUAAAUCCGAAUGAAUGUGCAUUACCUGUGCAUGGAAUCUGGGACACCAUUUCACUAAUGUGAUGUGUCUGAAUGCAAAGGCAACAAUGUUUACCAUCACAGUUUUGCACACAUAUUUCUAUAAUUCCACUAUUUCAGCUAGGCCCGCUAGGUUGUUAAAAUGUGUACCACAUUGGCUGAGUUUCAAUAAUUGUAAAAAAAAAAAUAAUAAUUUAAGUAAAUGCCAGACAGAAAACAAACUUUUAUGUUUGGUUUUCACUGUAAAGGUGAACAGCUUAAAGAAAGACGGACUGAACAUAUGUUGAUGCAGCCGUGAGGCGGUUUGGCUGUGCCUUGCUGCACAUUGCUCUCAGGAUGCUUGAACUUUUUCUCUUCACCGGCCAAAAACCAGUGGUUACUGCUGGCAAGAGUCUAUUCUAAUAGUGAUAUAUUUUGUGACAAACUUGUACAUGUAAAUACUGUUAAAGCGUCACAAGUGCAUUGCAAAACUUUGUAUUUUUGUGUUUGUCUGAAUUAGGCACCUUGAGAAGUUAGUUAAUGGGUUUGUUGAGGGAGCUUUACAUGAUGCAGAAAUAUUUCAUACUGUGACACAUAUUAAGCUUGUUACUGACACUCAAGUGUCACAACAUAAGAGCGUUUCUUGUAAAGCCUGCCCAACUAAAAGGUGAUGUUCCUAGUGUAUUUAAAGGGAAAUACCACUCAAUUAAAUAUAUGACAUAGGAGCAAAUUUUUUGGAAAAAAAAACUUUAGAAGUUGCCAAAGUCUACAGAUGCGUCUAAUUUGGAAAGAAACAUUAUGUGGUGUUACUCUUUAACAAUGCAUUUGUGCAAGUGUGAUUUUUUUUCUCAAUGGCGGUGCUUUAAAAAUAUAGAUUUCUCUAUAAUUUUAGGUAAAACCGCAGUGUAUAAACAUUCAUAAAGAAAAUAAUGAAUGUGUCAAGCCCAAAUGAAUUUUGGGUUUUGCUGAUAAGUUUUUUUCAUGAAAAGAACAAGGCCACUUUAGGCCAGAUGUCUGUUCAUGAGAAGGUGAAAACAAACCUGCCUAAAUGUUUCUACAUGUGAAACAAUCAGAUUGCAAGGCUGCUGUCACGGUUGUUUCUGGCAUUUGGCUCAACGUUUGCGUGCCGUCAUCUGAUUUAUUUUUUUCCCCUUGAGGUUAAUACACUGAUUUGGUUGCAGAUUACAAAAAACAAGUAAACACGAUGAGUGUUGCUGUAAUUUAAUUGCAUUGAUGAUCUCAAUUCAUAACGUAGGUCAGCAAAAAUUAACGAUGACUUUAUUAAUGUACUCUUGUUUUGCAAGAGAAGGUCAGAUUUGUGGCAGCUGAGGUUUCAACUAAAUUACUCUCAUUUCCCCCGUUAGUGAGGUCUUAAUGAGAGUUGCAUAGUUGCAUUUUAAUAACUAGUAAAUUGAAAUAAUAGUAUUUGUAAAGGACGCUCAAAAAAACGAUUCACAUCCAAAUUGCGAUUAUUAUGACAUCAUUUUCUAAAAGAUUCAUUUUUUUUAAAGAAAAUUUUAAUUUUUUAAGACGGGUUUUUGUAACCUAGAUUGAAAAGACGUUUUAUUUAUUAAAACAUGGUUAAUAUACCAAUAAUAUAUUGUAAGAAUCAGUGUAAAUUGAGAAUCGUGUUGAAUCGGGAAUCGAAUCGGCACCACAAAAAUCUUAAUUGAAUCGUGAAUUGUAAUAUUCCCAUCCAUAGCAUUCAGAUCAUUGUUUCUAUAAAUGAUGAUGCUUUAGUACAACUUGUAUUAUUGUAUUUCGUUUAACACGCGCUGUUUGUCACUACCAGGCUUGUGCAAAAAUCUGAGUUGAAAUGACAACGUCUCAGAAAUUGUAAAAAUAAAUAAUUACAAUAUGAAUUGAAAUUCCAAUUGAGAAUUGUGGUGUAUUCCAGCAUCUCUCUUUACAGUUUAAUCCAUACAUGACUUUUUCACAUAUUUCUUAAAAUAUUUGUAUUUACCUAAUGUCAGUACACAAUACACUUAUUUUAGGUACAAAAUAAUGCAUAUUCCGGACUACAGAGCGCACUGCGAUGUAAGUCGCACCCACUAAAUUUUAGAAGAAAAAACAUUUUUUUCUGUAUGUAUUAGCCGCACUGGACUAUAAGCCGCAGAUAUGAGUUCUUUACAAAGAAAUAUUCUUUAAAUUUUUAUAUACGUACCUUAAUUGUUUCCAAACGGUGUCUGUAACACGGCAGUAAGACAGCUGAUCAAUCAAAACAAAAGUCAUUGUCAUGAACCCUCUAGCUGCAGAAGCAAGCUCUCCAUUCAGCUAAACAGACUCAAAAACUCCAGAGUGACGUCUUGGUGAGUUUACUGAGGAAUUUGUGAGACUGAAACAAUACAAAAAAAAACUCCCAUUGUAAGUCAAUAUUACUAACAGACACUUAUACACCUAUAUUGGCUAAUGCUAACAGCGUCAUUGUAUUACGAUAGCACGUAAAACUACAGACAUCACACAUGGGACGGUUUAUUACGUAUAAACAGUUUAGUUGUACUGUAAAUUUUACAAACAUUGUUUGGAGUGAUGAAUGUAAAAUCCAUAUGAGUAGAAACGCUAUCGACAGCUGGAAGACUGAACGGCACACCUAUUGGAAGAGAAAAAAACUAAUUACCAUAAAUGGAAGGACAUUGCAGCACCUGCAGUGAGCGAAUUCAUCCAAAACUUGGCGCCACAGUACAAACAAUAAAACACCCCAGGGUUUCUGAUUGGUAUUUUGAAUAAAAAUAUUUGUAGUAUUGCUGUCAGCAAAGAAAUAUCUAUUAAUUAGCUACUCAGUUUUAAAAGCCACAGGUUUCAAAGUGUAGGAAAAACAUAGGGCUUAUAGUCAGGAAUUUACGGUAUGUCUUUCAUCGACAAUUAAAAACAUUCUAUAAGACAUAAUUGUGUGAAAUUAACAGUUAGCAUGUUAACUGCACAUGUUGUAGGUACAUAAAGUACAACUAAAUUGUGGAUAUUGUUACUUUCAAAUAAUGGAAAAUGUUGGAAAAAUACUUCAAAACAGAGGAUAUUUGUGUUUCAUCUGUGCAGUGAUUCUCAAACUGUUCUAUGUGGGCUCCAUCUUGUGGUACGCCAAAGAAUCACUAAAUUAAAUAUUUAAACAGUGUUACUGUUCAAAAUGUGUGUAAUGUUACAGUGGCCAAAAAGAUUAAAUAUACCUGUUAAAAAAAACCUCUGCCCUGUUUUUCAUGAAUAUUCAGGCCUAUUACGUUACUGUAUUUUAAUGUUGGUCAUUAUGGUGGUACUUGGAGGGCCAAGUGUUUUCAGAGUUGGUACUAGUGUUUGUAAAGUUAUUUUUAGUAUUUAGGCCAAAACCUUCUGUUAAAUGUUACAGAUUCUUCAAUUUACUGUGAAUACAUUUCCCGAAUUGCAAUUAAUUAAAUUUCACUUCCUGUAAUUGUUAUUCAAUAUCCUGUGGGUUUGAACCAAUUCAAUUCCAAUCCUUCAAAUUUGGACCUUUGCAAAAGCCUGGUCCCUACACAACUCGUUUUUGUUUACAAUCCCUUAUGCUGAUAAGGUCGUCUUUUUAGAUGUUUAACAGAAAAUGCUCAUAAAACUCUACUUCAGUUUUACAGAUGCUGUUCGGCAGGUGGUGUGUGUUGUCAUCCACAUGGUGGCAUUAGUCAUAUUAAAAAAAAAAUACAGCCACGAACAGAUUGUAUUUAUUAAAUGUGGACAAAGGAACACUGUUACAGCAGAGGGCACUAUUUGAGGAACUCGUUUAUCUAAGGAGAGUUUAUUUUCUAUUCAAUACAUUUGUACAAUCAUUAUCAAUGCAAAUUCACAUUUAAUCUGCGUCUUAAACUCUUUUCACAAACAUCUAUAAAUAGAAAAAAUCAGAUUUUAUCAGGAUGCGAUUCAAACAUUUUUAGAAAUGUUGACAUAUGAUAGUCAUCUCACUCCCCAGGUCACUUUUUUCCCAUUUUUAACUAAAGUCAUCACUUUCGCAAAGAACAAUCUAAUGGAGGUUCAAUAAUAGUAAUUGCCUGUAACCCCUCCCCCUUCUUUUGUAUGUGCCGCAAACAACCAAGCCACAAAUGUCUAGAAUUGACUUUUGCUUGUUGAUACAAAUUGUAUCUCUACCUUGAAUGUAAACUAAAUAUCAAAUGUAUAAUAUGAAUAUAGUUUAAUUUAAAUAAAGGGGAAAAAUAAUGCCUAAUUUGUGUGACACUGUGUGUCACUGGGCCCAUUGGUAUGUACUAACUCUUAUUAGGUACAGUAGUUACUCGUGUGGCACUAAGCAUCACGCCCUCACUGUACAUAGCCAUGUGUUUAUCAAUGUUGUAAUUUGUGCAUAUAUUUUGUUGAAAAAUGUCUGCUAUUUUAAUGGAAUAUUUCAAUAUCUUGGAGGAUGUUUUGCUUUGUAUUAAAUAUUUGCAUUUGGGGGCGGGGUGUUUUCUUUUUACACAGAUUGCCACACCAAACUAAUAUAAACUUUGUAAACUAGGAUUACUAAACACAAUGCCAGUUUUCUAUGAAUCUGUUUGAUGUUUAAUGUUCUUUUAAGAUCUAUAGUUCUCUACAAACUGGAAUUUAUCGGAAUGUUUGGCAGGUGGUCGAAUGAGUAACUUGUGUUGACAUGUAUUGUUAUUUCUACAACCACUGAACUAUCGUAUUGAAGUGUAAAAUUAUAAUUUUGCUGUCAGUGGCCAGUUUAAUGUGUGUAGGGUUUUGGCUGGCCAUUAAUGAAAUUGCAUUUGUGCUAUUUUGAAAAUGGUAAAACUGCUGUGGUAUGUUAAAAAUAGCAUGUCAAUAGAUACGAUCACGACCAAAGUUUUACGUUUAUUUAAAAAAUUAUACACAUGUACUUGUGACCAGUGGAUCAAACACACAUUGACACUUAAGUGUACCAUGAUGCCAGCAUAUGUCUAUAAUAUACAGUAUGUACCUGGAUUAACAGAAUCAGUGACUGAACAUACAGUAUUUAAAGUGUAAUACUCAGGUUAAACCCCCACCUAAAAUUCAGAAUCAAAUAACAGCAUGUUGCACUGGUGACUUUUCUAUGGUGGUGUGAGCGUAAUAAAAAAGUGUAACACUGAAGCAAGCUGUUUGUGCUGUGCUAGUUUGCAGUAUUGUAUUCCACACCGCUUUUUGUAAACCAGCGUAGAAUAUUUGAGUCUGUGGGCUCAAACAAAAUGUAAGUCUUAAUGACAAAAUGUGUUUCUCACCCUUAAUAAAGGUAUCCAAUGAUGUUCAAACUGG